UUUGCCAUGGGUCAGUGCCAAUGCGCCAUGCAAGGUUUCAAGACGGAACGUUAAUCGUGGGACACCGGAAGUCGAAUACAUCACAACUUUCACACGCGUGUGUUUCUCCAAUGAAGCUAGUCAAGGUGUACACAGUGCGUAUUUAGUGAAAAAACAAAGUAAUUUAUCAAACGGUACGUAUUUAUUGAUUGACAUCAUUACACAGUGUUGAAAUUGACGUGGAAGAAUGGCUGAACUAGUUCAACGGCGAAUAGAGGAGAGGAUUCCUGAGCUUGAGCAGCUGGAAAGAGUUGGACUGUUCACCAAAAAGGAAAUCAAGUCUAUGCUGAAGAGGACCACUGCUCUAGAAUACAAACUACACAGAAGGGACAUUGCUAAAGAGGACUUCAUUGCAUACAUUCAGUAUGAAAUCAACGUGCUGGAACUUAUCAAGAAGAGACGAACAAACAUUGGAUACCAUUUCAAGAGGGAUGACAUUGAGUUCCCCAUCAUGCAUAGAGUCAACAACACAUUCCGGAGAGCUACGUCUAAGUGGCAGGAAGAUGUCCAGUUGUGGCUGUCCCAUGUAGCCUUUUGUAAGAAGUGGUCCACAAAGGGUGAACUGAGCAAAGUCUUCUCGUCCAUGCUUGCUGUCCACCCAGACAAACCAGCCCUGUGGGUCAUGGCUGCCAAGUGUGAGAUGGAGGACAGGGGCUCGUCAGAGAGCGCGCGCCACCUGUUCCUGCGAGCUCUACGCUUCCACCCCGACAGCAAGAAGGUCUACCAGGAGUAUUUCCGUAUGGAGCUGAUGCAUGCGGAGAAGCUGAGGAAGCAGCAGGAGGAGUUGGAGAAGGCCAAGAUGGACGUGGGGGAGUAUGAGUUCUCCCCAGAGAUUCUCAGUGGCAAGCUGGCCGAGGUGGUGUACAGAGACGCCACUCAGAAGAUCACAGGAGCGGAGUUCAUCCUGUCCCUCCUGCAGAUCGCCUCCAUAUUUGACUUCACCAAAGACCUCCAGGCCACCAUCCUCCAAGAGCUGCAGAGCCAGCACACAGACGACUCGGUGACGUGGGACUUCAUGGCCAAGCGUGAGCUGGAAGUGACGGUGACACCGGAGCUUCAGACGGCCAAAGGCAAAGCCUCCGAUACUGACCGCAAGGAGGAGCGGUGCUGCGCCGUCUACGAGGAGGGCGUUAAGAACCUCAACACAGAGGCCAUGUGGACGUGCUACGCCAACUUCUGUCUGGACAGAUACAAGAGGAAAACUAACGUCCAGGAGCUGAAGGACAAGAGAAGAGAGAGGUUACUGAAGGCACUGCAGGGGGCUCACCAGGCAGAGCUGCUCCCACAGACCCUCUACAAAACCUGGCUCGAGGCCUCGCUGUCGUCAGGCGACGAAGAAGCCACCGCCCAGAUUGCCACGGCAGCCACCCGACGCUUCAGCCAAUCGCCGGAGACGUGGAGCCUGGCUCUGCAGACAUUGGUGAAGCUGGGUAGCGCAGAGGCGGGCGGUCUAUUCCAGGAAGCGCUCGGUCACGUGAAUCCCAAGGAGAGCCUGCCUUUGUGGCUGCAGUGGAUUCAGUGGAGCGAGUCCAACCGAAGUGCUGAGGAGACUGAGGCGCUGUUUCAGAAGGGUCUAUUGUCCCCUGUGCCAGACGUUUCUUCAGCAGUAAAAGAAAAGUACCUGGAUUGGUCUUAUAGAACAGGAGGGUACAAAAAAGCCCGAAAGACCUUCACAAGUUUGCAUGAACAUCGUCCCUUCACCAAGGCAUUUUUCACCACCAUGAUCCAGAUCGAGAAACAGCAGGAAAGUUUAAAGAUGAACAAUGUGAGAGACUGCUACGAGCGAGCACUCAGGGAGUUCGGCUCCACGGACGAUGAUCUGUGGAUGGACUACAUCAAAGAGGAGCGUGGGCCGCAUGGGCAACCCGAGAAUUGUGGGAAACUCCACUGGCGGGCGAUGAAGGCUUUGGAGGGCGACAACGUGGAGCGCUUCAUUACCCUGUACACCCUGCUGCAGACAGGCCACAUCUAAGACGUGGCACGUGUGGAAAUUGGAGUUUGCCGACACGUUCUUGCUGCUGUACUUCUACAGUGUUAUGUUUUCAAGAUGCUGAUGUCUCCGAAGGUUUGAGGGACUUUGGAAUUUCAACCAUUUUGUGUUUGUGACGUACAAGAGCAUGUUUGACAUUUUUAUAGUGUUGUUGGAAAUAUACAUUUAUUAAGAAUUUAUUAGCAGAUAACCAUUUUUCCAGAUUCAUUCUUCUACUUAACACAUCAUGUUGUAGUGUUUCUGCCAUUUCUACUUUGGAACACAGUUUCUAUGCUAUAAAACAUGAAUGGAUGA